CAGGUAAGCGAGCGGAUGAUUGCAACAUUCUUCCGCAGAACGGCUUUGCAGUAACCAGCAGUGUGACAGACUAACAUGGAGCAUGUUUUUCUCGUCUGGAGUAUAUAGCCAAAGUACAUUCAGAUAUUGUCAGACAGCAGUUUCUUUUGGGAGACGUCUGGAUACCUCACAAACGAGGAUGAUGGAGCAGAAUCUUUGCAAGUGACAUCCAAAUCAUGAUACCACCACCGCCGCCACCACCACCACCUAAUGCCCCACCUCCCCCUCCUCCUCCUCCACCCCCUGCCCUCUUCUCUGGUGGAGGCCCGUUUACCAGAGGCCCAAUGCGGGCCUCUAGAAUGCGUAAUUUCAAUUGGGAGGCCAUACCUAAGGACACUGUGCUUGGCAAACACAACAUAUGGACGGCUGAGAAGAACAGUGAGUUUGAGUUGGACACCAAACGUAUGGAGGAGUUAUUCAGCCACAAUGAUCAGAAGCAGGUCCAGGCCACAAACCGCCGCAGUGUACGCCAGUCCCCGAGCAAUGCCUCAGGACCCGAAAUGGUGACCAUCCUCAACUCCAAGAAGAACAUGAACAUUGGUAUCUUCCUCAAGCAGUUCAAAAGGUCAGUGAGUGGAAUGAUUGAUGACAUUAUCAACGGCAGAGGAGAAAGAUUUGGGACUGGGAAACUGAAGGAGAUGUGCAAACUACUGCCAGAGGAUGGAGAGGUGCGUCAGCUUCUUGAUUUUAAAGGAGACUGUUCAACUCUCUCUGAGGCAGAUCGGUUCAUGGUACAACUUGUCGAAGUUCCUUGCUAUGAGGAACGGUUGAACAGUUUAGUACUCAAAGAGGAAUUCCCCCAUUUUAUGGAUGAAGUGAAUCACUCUAUUGCAGUUAUGACCUCUGCUGGACAAGAGCUGCUGGAAUGUGCUGAUCUACAUUCAGUCAUUCGGCUGGUCUUGAAGACGGGGAACUACAUGAACUCUGGAGGUUACGCUGGCAGCGCGGUGGGAUUCCGGAUAAUGUCGCUUCUCAAACUAGCAGAUACCAAAGCCAACAAGCCUGGAAUGAACCUCAUGCACUAUGUUGCGAUGCAAGCCCAGAAGAUUGAUGCAUCGCUACUGAAGUUCCCAGAGCAGCUACAGCACAUUGGAGAUGCAAAUGCAGACACCAGGUUAAAGGAGGCCGAGGCGGCCUUCAAAAACCUUUCAGCCGUGAGUGAUUCGGUAGCAGAGUAUUUCUGUGAGGAUCCAGCAGAAUUCAUGGAGAAUCUUGAACGAGAAAUGGUGGAGGUGAAGCGCAGACAGCGAGAGCGUACUCAGAUCGCGACCAAACGACGUUCCACCGCCACCUGGGGGCAAAGACUUUUCAUGGAGAAUCUUGAACGAGAAAUGGUGGAGGUGAAGCGCAGACAGCGAGAGCGUACUCAGAUCGCGACCAAACGACGUUCCACCGCCACCUGCUCCUCACGAGACAAAGACAUUGAAGGAGUUGCUCUGGAGUCCAUCCUACAGAGGUUUAACAGCCGCCAGUCCCGCCGUAGAGCCGGGACCAGUUCCCCCUCAUGGGGCAAUCUUACUGAGACCACCAUACCGGAGAAACGCCCCGCUGACAACAGAGAGGUCAAGAGAGACAGCUGGAUCAAAAGUGCCAUGCAAUCCCCUUUGAUUAAGGAGAGCGUUGAUAAAGAUGAGACACCCAAGCACCCAGAGAUUACAAUCUCGAGCUCAGUGCAGAAAAGUGCCAAUUCCUCAAUCAAUCAACGUGUCUCUGUAUUCACGGUGCAGGAGGAAGAAGAUGUGCAGACAGAGACAGAGGUGCAAAAUAUGAGAGAGGUGUCACGGAAAGUUUUGCAAUACCAGUCCAGUCGAAGUAGCAUUUCAUCCAGCGAGCCCCUGUCACCGAUCCUGUCUCCCAGGCAGACAUUCUUCCAGGAAGACAGAAGACUGCUGAUCGUGACCAUAGAAGAAAACGCAUCUAAAUCCAGCUCUCUGCUGCAGAAUGGCCAGAUCAUCAAUCGCCGGCACACAAUCGCACUUCCUGAGGCCAGUUGUGGAAAUACCAGCCAAGAGGAUCUGUUUGUGCCUAGUAAUCUAAACGCAUCUCCGGCUCCUUCUAUAGGUGUUAUUGGAAAAGGGAAAUCUGUGGAUUGCGGUAUGAUUGCCACAUUGCAAAACUCUACAGAGACUGUUAAAGAUUCAGACACCAAGCCACUUAAUUCUCAAGAGGAAUCACAAUCUGUUGACUCAUCACAAUCGGUCGAGCCGGAGGCGAAGACUGAAGAGACAGUGCCUAGCUUGCAGUUUAGUACUGGGAAGAGACAUAGCCAAACAAUAUCAUUUAAAAGCACUAAAGAAGGCUUCAGCCUUAUGUCUUUAUUUAAGCGUUGGCGUGAAAAAGAAUCAAAAUCAAAAGAGCUUGAUUCUGACAGCGUAGACCCAUGAUCUUAAACACGUUUUCUAUUUAUUCAGGCAUUCAUGCUAGGUGUCAUGCUGCGUUUAUUGAAAACAAGAUUGGUGCUCUGUCACUGUUGCUUGCUGAAACAGUGAAUAGACAUUUAUUUCCAUGUCUACUAUAAAAGGAGAAAAAAUAAUGCACAUGCAAUU